CUGACGCGCGGGCUGGAGCCGAGGCCGAUCCGCGCCCGCCAUGGCCGACAAGAUGGACAUGUCUCUGGACGACAUCAUCAAGCUGAACCGGAGCCAGCGAGGCGGCCGCGGCGGGGGCCGGGGCCGCGGCCGGGCGGGCUCGCAGGGCGGCCGGGGCGGCGGCGCGCAGGCGGCCGCGCGGGUGAGCCGAGGCGGCGGGCCCAUGCGGAACCGGCCGGCCCUCGCCCGCGGCGCGGCCGGCGGCGGCGGCAGGAACCGGCCCGCGCCCUACAGCCGGCCCAAGCAGCUCCCCGACAAGUGGCAGCACGACCUCUUCGACAGCGGCUUCGGGGGCGGCGCCGGCGUGGAGACGGGGGGCAAGCUGCUCGUGUCCAACCUGGACUUCGGGGUGUCCGACGCCGACAUUCAGGAGCUCUUUGCUGAAUUCGGGACCCUGAAGAAGGCGGCGGUGCACUACGACCGCUCGGGCCGCAGCUUAGGGACCGCCGACGUGCACUUCGAGCGGAAGGCGGACGCCCUGAAGGCCAUGAAACAGUACAACGGCGUCCCCCUGGAUGGCCGCCCCAUGAACAUCCAGCUCGUCACGUCACAGAUCGACACGCAGCGGAGACCCGCCCAGAGCGUGAACAGGGGCGGCAUGACUCGAAACCGAGGUUCCGGUGCUUUCGGCGGCGGUGCCCGAAGAGGAGCCCGCGGGGGCAGCCGCGGCCGAGGCAGAGGCACCGGCAGGGGCUCCAAGCAGCAGCUCUCGGCGGAGGAGCUGGACGCCCAGCUGGACGCCUACAACGCCAGGAUGGACACCAGCUAAGCGCCCGCGCCCGAAGCAGACCGGCCGCGUCCGCUCCCGGCGGGAGGGUGGCGGGCUGGGCCUGUGCAGCCAACCGUGGAUUUGUUUCUUUUAUGUUUUAAAAUAGGAUUUAAAGACUCCUGUAAAGGUUUUUUCUCCUUUUUCCCUUUUUUUUUUCCUUUUUUUUUUUAAUUCCGAAGCAGACCUGUUUUGUACCGAGUUAUUUUUGGGAUAAAUUUUACUGGUUGCUGUUGUGGAGAGGGUGACGUCCUCACCUUUGCCAUAAUAAAAUAGAAACGUGUGUAGGCCUGGGGCUGCGUGAUUCAGGUGCGGGGG